CAGAAUGCUUAACUUUAAAGGUGGAUAUGACGAUUUUGAACUGACAGAUAGCCAACUAAAGGAGGCAGAGGAGGAACUAGGCAAUUCCGAGGACCUCCAGAAGGCCAUCCAUCUCGUGAAGGAGUUGCAGGAGGCCAAGAGGCUUUACGAAGACGUGAGGAUCCUGUGCUGGGUCCUUAUGUACCCCGAGGCGCACGACACCAAGGCAAAGCAUAUCAAAGCCACGUGGGGGAAGCGGUGCAAUAAACUCAUCUUUAUGAGCACUGAAGAUGACCCAUCUGUGGGAGCCGUCGACGUCGGAAGCCUCGAGGGAUAUACUAAGCUGUGGAACAAGACUCGUAGUGCCCUUCAAUACAUCUACAAGAACCAUCUCGAGGACUUUGAAUGGUUCCUCAAGGCCGACAGUGAUACCUAUGUGUUAGUGGAUAACCUACGUUAUGUGUUGCAAGACUACGAUACAAACGAGCCGUUAUACUUUGGUCAACAUUAUAAAGUUUAUGGAGGAUAUAACGCAGGAGGAGCAGGACACGUGAUGGGGAGAGAGGCAGUUCGACUGUUUGUGGAGAAGGCGAUUCCGAACCAUAAGAUCUGCAGGCCGAAUAGGUCAAAAGGCGAGGAUGUCGGAAUGGGCAGUUGUCUACGGAGUGUUGGCGUCAGGAUUGGCGACACAAGAGACCACCUCGGCCAAGGAAGGUUCUGGCAGCGACACCCGGCGACAAUAAUGAAGGACCCACUUGGAAGGGCGAAGCACUCACGCUACCCUAUUACCCAAGGGGACAACCCACACGACUGCUGCUCAAACACGCUCAUCAGUUUCCACAAGCUGUCAGUGGAAGAACUCUACAUGCUGGAUUACCUCAUCUACAAAGUCCGAGUGUUUGGGCAUAUCCCUCUCUUGCCCCUAAAAGCAGCGCUGCCGCCCAAUCUAGAUGUCGUUCCAGAAAAGACGAUUCAGAAAUUCCGUGAGUACGACGACCCGAAAGUGCCUGAGUCCACGACAGAAACAACGGAGAAUGAGACACUGUAAUAACUGUGAUAAUCGUUAUGAUUAAAACUAUAUUUAUAUAAUUUUA